ACUUCUCUGUGUGUGUGAGUGCGCGCUGCAGAGGAAGUGGCGGCUGAUCUCGGUCCGCACCUUUUCCGGUAACAGCCCCGCCACCGCUGUGCCUGACUGAACGGCUGGAGACACAGAGGGAGGAAGACAAAUCGAGAGCGGCAAGAGUGGGGGAGAAACGGCCCGGGGGACUGGGGAAUGGUCGCCGCAGACGCAGGGGGAAGGAAGAGAAGAAAGUCGGAUGAAUCAGUGACCUUUUGAGCGGUCCUCCUGUGGAUACCCGGUUACUGAAGCGAACUCGGAAGGCUCUGAAUUGUCGCCGCCGGUUAGCGAAGAAAAUCGGCGUGCUUCGAAAUUCACCGAGGGGGAAUAAGCUAAGUGUGGACAGCCGGCGGCCAAGAAGGAAGUGGGAUCCCCCGGCUUGGCCUGGGCCUGAUUUAUAUUGUCCUCUUUAGGUUGAAAGAACUCCUCAAACCAGACUCUGCUCGGUCACCUGGGAGGGAAAAAAAGGAUCUUGUAAGCAGAGUCGACCCCUAUUUUUGCUGGUUUUGGGAGGGAUUGUGUGGUCUAUGCCGACUUUGAAAGAAGGGAAUGUCAUUUUUUCUUCUCGCAUUGGAGGGCAGUGGAUCAUGAAAAUAUAUCCCCACCCAAAUCUGCAAAAGCACCCCAUGAAGUCCCUCUGAUUCCUCAGGCCAGAUUACCUCAAUCCAGCUAAUUGUACUGUAAAGACCUAAGCGCUGCUGCCAGCUCUCAGACUUUUUGACACUUGUGUCAACCCACUGUUGUCACGUGGGUAGCUUCACGUUGAACCCAGGCCUUCUCUGUUGUCCUGAAAACAAACUUGGCUCUAAUUAGGAGUUCCCCCUCUUCUUCUAACAAAGUAUUUAUGCACAGUAAACAAGAUGGGGAAGAUGCUGUCAAAGAUCUUUGGCAACAAGGAGAUGAGAAUAUUGAUGCUUGGACUUGACGCUGCCGGGAAAACCACCAUCCUGUACAAACUGAAACUGGGACAGUCGGUCACCACCAUCCCCACGGUGGGGUUCAACGUGGAGACCGUCACCUACAAGAACGUCAAGUUCAACGUGUGGGACGUGGGCGGCCAGGACAAGAUCCGGCCCCUCUGGAGACAUUACUACACGGGCACGCAGGGCCUGAUCUUUGUGGUGGACUGCGCCGACAGGGACCGGAUCGACGAGGCCAGGCAGGAGCUCCACCGGAUCAUCAACGACCGGGAGAUGAGGGACGCCAUCAUCCUGAUCUUCGCAAACAAGCAGGAUCUGCCGGACGCCAUGAAGCCCCACGAGAUCCAGGAGAAGCUGGGCCUGACCCGGAUCCGGGAUAGGAAUUGGUACGUUCAGCCCUCGUGCGCGACGACAGGGGAUGGACUCUACGAGGGCCUGACCUGGCUUACCUCAAAUUACAAAUCCUAAUGUUUCCUCCCACCCACCAGCUUGGACGUUUCGAGACAUGCACACACACACACACUCACUCACUGACGUACGCACACACAAAAGUAGCAGAGAAUAAACAAACAAAAAAACAAGGAUGCAAUUUGAAGCAAUUAAUUCAAUUCAAUGAUCUCUUUGCUUAAAGUGUAUUAAAGAGAGUCGUAAUUUACUUAUUGGUUUAUUUUUCUUUACGAUAAGUAUUUCACUUUAAUCCCAAAUUUUCAGUUAAGCAAAAAAAAAAAAGUGUUUUUCUUCAUUUAUUAGUUUUCUUUAGUUCUCAAUCUGUGUAAUCAGUUCUGUUAAUCUACACAUCUUACUUUUGUGCUUUUUACUGCAUUUUGCUUUUGUUUCCUCAUUAUUGUAUCGUUUCUUUUAAAGGGGGACUCACCUGAAAGGUGCCGCCCCCCCCCCUCCUACUUAGUUCUCGUCCUGCGCUCUCACAACCCAGCUACGUAUCCAAAGGAUGGGGGGAAAAGCCCAGAAACCGUUUCCUAGAUCAGCAUAUCACUUUUGAAAACUCUGGGGGGG